AUACAGCGAGAGAGGAGAGAGAGAGAGAGAGAGCAAUAGGAAGGGGAGUUUAAACUAAGUGCUAUGUUUUGGGACAGCUAAUCUGCUAGCGAGCAGUUUGAGGAUCGGAGCGUAUUGUGUGAGCCAGUGUGCGGGGGACAGAUAAGGCAGCACGCCAGCCCGCCAAGCCAACCUACUGACUUCCCGUGUUAAUGUGCUGACUCCUGGGAGAUUUAAAAAAGAAAAAGAAGAAAAAGAGAGAAAAAUAUUGACUCAAGACGUGUGCGGGGAUCCUGGACAGAAACAUUAUUGCAGCGACAGCCAACAGAGCUCAUUUGAAAAACAGGAGAGCGCUAUAAAGAAAGACAAAAUAAAGGACUUAAUAGUGACUCCUCCAGAUUUUUUUUUUCCUGCUUGUUUUUUUUUUAUCACCUGAUUUUUUUAAUUUAUUUUUUUUCUGCUUCUGGGACUGACUCCCAUCCUUAGCAAAGAAAAAGGGAGGAAAGAACUAAGGAGGAAGCUGACACUAAGAGGACAAAGAAGUACCGAAUUUCACCAUGUUCGAAAUAAGCCGAACACUCAACGCUGCUUUGCUGAGCAACGAGCAUCUCAAGAUGAUGGCGAGGUACGGGCAGCUCUCGGGACUAGCAGCCAGUGGCGUGGGCUCCGUCCCCGAGUCGCACUCGCCGCUAUUUCCCAGGGAUCUCCCGUCAUCGCCCGCCCAGACGGGCUACAGGUCAUCCCUGGGGUCGACAGAGACACAGUGGCGUCAGGCCGAGCUCCCGCAGCUCCAGGGCUGGGCAGAGAAGGGAUUGCUGACACAGCCAAAGAUGAUCAUCAGUAACAUGGAGGCUCCGGUGACAAACGGACCAAGCGGAGGAGGCAACACAGCCAACGGCCCAACCACUAACAGCCGCGGAUGCCCCUCGCCCAUGCAGUCCGGGCCGACAAACGACGACAGCAAGACCAACCUCAUUGUCAACUACCUGCCACAGAACAUGACCCAGGAGGAGUUCCGCAGCCUCUUCGGUAGCAUCGGAGAGAUUGAAUCCUGCAAACUGGUCCGCGACAAGAUUACAGGUCAGAGUCUGGGCUACGGCUUUGUCAACUACAUCGAUCCAAAGGACGCAGAGAAAGCCAUCAACACGUUAAAUGGACUCCGACUUCAGACCAAAACGAUCAAGGUCUCGUAUGCACGACCCAGCUCGGCAUCGAUCCGUGACGCCAACCUGUAUGUGAGCGGCCUGCCCAAGACCAUGACCCAGAAAGAGCUGGAGCAGCUCUUCUCGCAGUACGGACGCAUCAUCACCUCCCGCAUCCUUGUCGACCAGGUCACAGGCGGCUCCCGGGGUGUGGGCUUCAUCCGCUUUGAUAAGAGGAUAGAGGCUGAGGAGGCCAUCAAAGGCCUCAACGGACAGAAGCCAUCGGGCGCGGCUGAGCCCAUCACGGUCAAGUUCGCCAACAACCCCAGCCAGAAGACCAGCCAGGCCCUCCUGUCGCAACUCUACCAGUCCCCCAACCGCCGAUAUCCCGGGCCCCUCCACCACCAGGCUCAGAGGUUCAGGCUGGACAAUUUGCUUAAUAUGGCCUAUGGCGUAAAGAGGUUUUCGCCCAUCACCAUCGACAGCAUGACCAGCCUGGUGGGCAUGAACAUCCCCGGGCACACCGGCACCGGUUGGUGCAUCUUCGUCUACAACCUGUCCCCAGAUUCGGACGAGAGCGUGCUUUGGCAGCUCUUCGGGCCCUUCGGUGCCGUCAACAACGUCAAGGUGAUCCGUGACUUCAACACUAACAAGUGCAAAGGUUUCGGCUUCGUCACCAUGACAAAUUACGACGAGGCGGCCAUGGCCAUCGCCAGUCUCAACGGUUACAGGUUGGGUGACCGCGUCCUGCAAGUCUCCUUCAAGACUAACAAGACCCACAAGUCCUGAACUCGAACCAGGUAGAAGCAGAUGCAGCUCUGUCGCGCUCCAAAAUCACCUCCUCCCCCCCUCCAUCCUUCCCCCGCCCCCAGCUCCACACCUCCCUUCUGCCCCUCCAGUCACCACCACUACCACCACCCUCCACUGGAACAUGAAGCAACCAUCCAACCCAAUUGAACUAGAAAUGGCUUAUAUCAUAACUUUGGACCUAUAAGCCAAUGUUGCCUAAGUAUUCAAAAAAAAAGAUGAAAAUGUUCAUGCAUUUUGGGAAGUCCCUGAGAAAAUGCAGGCUUCUGUUGUAUAUGCUUUCUGUUUUGUUCUAGUUGCUCAAAUGAGUUUUCUCUUCGAUGUAAACAGUAGCAAACCUCCACCCCACCCCACCCCUCCGGCUCCUCAAUUUUAGUGAAGAGAAUAUCCUUUGUAGACCACUGUCUCGAUUCAGGAUUAGCUUUUCUUUUGUAUAUCCGGAACCCACUGUCGUUAGUAUCCUGUGAACCUCCCAGUCACUUUAAGGGAGGGGGCUCUUUUUUAAUAAUUGGUGAACCAUUCAUUCAUUUGUAGUUGUAUUCAAAGAUCCCCUUAAAUGAUUCUAGAUGGGAUUUCACACUCCCACCGAUUCUGACGUAGUAGAAAAAAAGGAAAAAAAGACUUUCUAAUGUUGUUUUUGUUUUGUAUCGCAAACAAAACAUAAUGUCUUUUCCUCACAGGGAGAUUGGGUGCGGGGUGGGGGAUGGGUUAGCGUUCCUGAUGACACAUUCAGUAAUUUAAGAAAAAAGAGAAAAAAAAUAACACUGUUGCCAAAGAGAAGAUCUCUUUGCUUGGAAAAAAAAUGCGUUUAGAAAAAAAACAUAAAAAAAUAAAUAGAAAGAAGAAUCUAUUUUUAUAAAUGAUAAUUAAAAUAAGAAUUAUUGAGAAAUUUUUACAAGAAUCUGGAUUUGAAAAAAGAGAAAAAUAUUUUGACUGGCUCACUGGGAGGGGGGAGGGGGGCACCACCUUGUCUUGUCGUUCUGCCAAUGGUACUUUCUAGGCUCAGCGCUGGGAAGCCACGGUGGCGGCAGCGAUUUUCUAGAUGGAAGGUUUUGUGAAAAAGGAAACCAAGGCAGGUGAUUUUGGUAAUUUUUCACACAUGUACGUACUAGUGCUUAAUUAUUCAAUACCCAGAAGGGAAAGGGAGAGGGUAACCAUCCUUAUCGUCCAGAGCCCAAAGCAAGGAGACCCUUUGUCUGCUUCUUUUCCUGUUAUCGUCAUCAGUCCAUAUGGGGUAUCAGUAACUACAUAUGUGCACAUCAAUCCAUUCGGAAAAAGCAUACUCUUCAUGAUAUUGUUUCUCUUUGCUCUGCAUUUGUGUGCAAACUUCCUUUUAGCGAUCAACAGUAGGUGCUAUACUACAUUAUUCACAUAUCUUAACUAUCCGAGUUGGUUGUUCUAUGUGUUGUUUCAAAAAAACAAACAAAAAAAAACAUUUACUCUGUUGAUGUUGGCAUUGAAUUGAGCUUAUUUGUUUAUUGUUGGCGCCCAAAUAGUCUUGUGAGACUAUUUUGUUGCAGAGAAACCAGAUCAACUCAUUUGGGUAGGAGAAAAAAUUUCAUAUACUAUAUAUAUAUAUAUAUAUGAAUGGAAAAAAGUCACUGAACAAAUUUUAUUUCUUUCUUUUGCUUUGGGUUUUGUUUGGGGGGGCUUGCUGGCUUUUGCGUUACUUGCUGAUCGUGAAGCUUUUGUCCAAACUUAACGAUGAUUAGCUAGUUCCUUUAGUCGCGAUAUUUGUUUCCUGAAAAGGCGAUCUAUGACUACUGCGUCUUUCUUUGCUCUGUACAAAUAGAUGAUCUAUCUCUCUCUCAAUAUAAAUAUAUAUAUAUAUAUCUAUAUAUACAUAGUCAACAUUUGUUUUACAAUAUCUACUGUACUAUCUGAGUUGUCACUGUUCUUUAGUUGGAGCUUGUCUUUUUCAUAUGGCAACUUAUUAUGAAGUGGUGGUUCAGUUACUUAGAAAAACUUUGUGAGGAAACUGUUCAAUUGUCGUCAUGUUGCUUGUGGAGAAAAAAAAAAGAAGAAAAGGUUUGGAUUAACUUUACGUUCCUGCCGCGGCAAAAAAAAAAAAAAAAAAGAAACCGAACAAAAAGCUUUGAAUAUAAGUGUGUUUGGAUUUACUGAUCUAUUUUUGUUCCACUAUUUAUUUAUUUCUAUUUAUUUCUAUUUAUUAUGUAUUUAUGAACCACUUAAUUUAUCUGUGUAUUUAUGUAUUUAUUUGUUUCAUUGUCUGUGUAUUUGAGUGAUUCUGGUACAGGGAGGGGGGCGUUUCUGAGCAAAAGGGAACAAAGCGACUCGUGGAGAAGCUCUUCCAGUAGUCCACUGCACUGAGAGAACUUUUAGUACAUUUGUGCUUUGUACCGAUAUAUCAAAAUGACCAUAUUUAAAAUAAAAAAAAGAAAAAAAAUCUAAAAGUCAGGAAAACUAGAAAAAAAAUGUCUGGAGGGCCGGGGAACGCUCUUCCCUUAUUACUAGAAACAGUUACUCGCUAUGCAUAACCUAGUUAUUAAUAGUUCUAUUUGCUAUUGCUUUUUUCUUGUCUUGUUCAAAAAUGAAAUCUUUAGAUCUUUUCCAAUGAAGUUUAGUCUUAAUAGAAUGUUAUAAACAGUCGUUCUGGUUCAAUAUAACCUGUGAUAAGUUUGUGUAGUUCUCUUAAGCCACUCCGUCCACACCCUCCCUCCACUUACUACCGCUUUGUGAUGAAACCUUUAUGCAAAACUGUACGUCUGAAAGCAUACGUCUACGUAUUUAUUGUAACAUCCAGCCCACGGAGGCUUCGGGCGUGUCGACGUUUUAACGCCUGCUCUUGUUUGAGGGUCCACUCGAUUGGUUUUCAAGACUUCUUUUCAAGUUUUCAAAUUGUAUACCGACAAAUCUUUAAAAAAUAUAUAGAGAGAAAAAAACUACUAUACUGAAGAAGUACUCUGGAGAGAUGAAAAGUGAUUGUACCGAUUCUAUAUUUUCUAUACUCUAGUAUGAUAUAUAUUCUAUAUUUUGAAAAGUAAAAUGUAGGGUUCCAGACGUAUCACCAUACAAAAUUGGAUUCUUUUGUUCAACAGCAUGAAGGUGUGUGUGUGUGUGUUUAUGUGUGUGUGUGUGUGUUUGAAGAGUAAAACGCACACAUGCAUCUCAGUCAUGUGACAUCAUCAUCACGUGUGCCGUCAUACACGCAAGCAGACCCCUUCAUGCCCCUCGACGGGGGCUUGAAUUUAUGCAACGACCCCGGUAGAAUGUUGUUCCGAUGUGUCCGUUUCCUACACUGUGUGACCUCCUGCGACGCGUGCCUGUGUUCCGCCUCUUUGUGUGUAUGCGUUUGUCCGUUUGGGUGUGUUUGUACCCGCCAACCAGCCACAACAUUAUGACUUUGAGAGCCAAUACAUGAGUUGUAUCACACAUUGCUCCUUUGCAAAAAUGACAAUGAGUAGUUUUGAUAGACAGUGCAAUCUUAGCAAUGGGCUUUUUCUUGUUUAUUUACAAUAUUUGCGUGACCACAGUUACUUCUUACCCCACAUAUUCAAGAUUCACGACUCGCAAAUUCACCUAGUCCUGAAUUUUUGGCUACGUCCAGUCACGUCAAAUAGAAAGUGAAAGUGAUGCGUUGGCUUCACACUGUGGCAUAUUGGCGCUAAAGAGCUAUGUUGAAGUGAGAGUUAAGCUUCAUUUUGUCAGGCUUUUGCCGCGUCUAACAGAAAACUAGUGAUUUGGCGUAACAUGGGGCCAAGGAACUAUGUUGAAGUAAGUGGAUCAGCGUCAUUUUGUCAGGUCAUCACCUUGUGUGAGAAUAAUCUAGUGCUAUGGUGCCAUCCUGUAGCAUCUUGGUGCCAAGGUACUAUGUUGAAAUUAGAGGAGGAGCUUCAUUUCCCAGGCGGUCGCAUUGUUUGACAAAAAGUAGUGUUUUGCCACCAUCUUUGUGGCAUCUAGAAGCAAUUAUAAGUCUUUAUUGGGGUGUCAAUUGUCACGAUCACUGUACGUACAUGAAAGUCAAAAGAUUUGAACUCGAUCUCAGUACCCUUGCUGAUGUGACAAGGUGGUUGAAUGGGCAACGCGUCUGAAUUUCCGGUUUGUUUGGACUCUAACUGGAAUUUAGAGCAUGGCAUUAUUUAUUUACAGCUGCUUAAUCGGUCUGUGGGCAGAAUCGUGGGGUGUAAUAGUGGUAAACAUAACUGCCGCACAGUGUUGAAAUUCAACACUAUGAACAUCAUCAUUCUGUUGUGCUAGCGUUCUCAAUCGUGUGGCUGUCAGGUGCGUGUGUGUGUGUCUGUGUGUCUGUGUUUGUGUGUGCAAGUCAUGGGGCUUCGUCAUCCUGGCUCCAUGUCCCACACCAGUGGCUCCCACCACCAUCCCCGUAGCGCCUUAUAGUCAGUGAGUGGCAGGCUGCCGAUAGGAACAAGGCAGCCAGUAGUGGAGGAGGGAAGGUGAACAGAGGAACUCGGCUCUUCUUCUUCUUCUUGUCAGUUUUCUUUUUGUUUUUGGUUUUCCCCUCCUGAGAUGUGUUUGUUUACUAUCUGAUUUUAAAAAAAAUCUAUAAAACAAAAUCCUUAAAGACAAAAAAGCUGAAAAAAAUGUCGGUGGAGCCCUGUGGGUUGCGGCUCGCUCUCUCUCUCUCUCUCUCUCUCUCUCUCUCUCUCUCUCUCUCUCUCUCUCUCUCUCUCUCUUCUCUCUCCCUAUUCUCUCCUGCUUAUGUUAUUACUUAACAAUUAUUAACAAUGAUGAUGAUUAUUAUUAUGGUUAUUAUUGCUAUUAUUCUUAGUAUUCUUAUUCUCAUUAUUAAUCUAAUUACUGCGAUGAAUGACUUCAUGUUAUCCUUGCUAGUUUAGGUCAUUUCUGAAACUGGAAACAAAAUAGAAACUCUUGCUGUAAAUGUUUGUUUUUUCUUUUUCAUAAAACUGUUGUGUUUGAAUUAUUUGUACUUUUGAAUGUUGGGACAAUAAAAUGAGGUGUCAAGA